AUGGUGGGGAAAGUGGGUAUUAGAAAGGGGAGCAUCCGACCAAGGAGGGCUAUCUGGCGAAGUCCCCUACUCGGCCUCAUUCUGAAGAGCUCUGGUGAUCUGUGCCACCUCGAGGUGAAGAAGCUGGGCUCUCGUACCCCCAGAACAGUCGGCAGUCAGUGGCUGUUGACCUGUGGGGUAGAGGAACGGUGUAUGUCUGCUCCCAGCCCCCGGAAGCCCCCUAAGAAAAUGGUCUCUCAGCAGCAGUUCUCUGAAGGCGACAGCAGCAGACUAUUAGCAACAAAGCACACAAAAGCUGGAGAAAGGUGCAAAGCUGGUGAGAGGUCACCCCUGGUGUCCCUUCCAUCGGAAGUCGAGGUUGCAGUGAUCAUUGCUAUUACAAUUAUUUAUUGCAAAGAAGACUGUAAUGAUUUUGUCAUUCGAAAUAACUAUACGGUGAACAUUUCUAGACCCAAAAACUGGAAUCUGAUCAGCCUCUGGGGCAGAGGUGACACACUUCCUUCGAAGAGCCAAGUAGUGAAUGUUUGUGGUUUUGCUGGUCAUCUGAUCUCUUUUGCAGCUGGGCAGCUCUGUUCUGCUGAUUGUAGGAGCUUGAACACAGCCACAGACAGAUCAGAGAGGGUGGCCAGGUCGCAUCCAGGAGCGUGCAGACCCCUGCUCCAGGUCCACCCUAGGAGCUUGAACACAGCCACAGACAGAUCAGAGAGGGUGGCCAGGUCGCAUCCAGGAGCGUGCAGACCCCUGCUCCAGGUCCACCCUAGGAGCUUGAACACAGCCACAGACAGAUCAGAGAGGGUGGCCAGGUCGCAUCCAGGAGCGUGCAGACCCCUGCUCCAGGUCCACCGUAGGAGCUUGAACACAGCCACAGACAGAUCAGAGAGGGUGGCCAGGUCGCAUCCAGGAGCGUGCAGACCCCUGCUCCAGGUCCACCCUAGGAGCUUGAACACAGCCACAGACAGAUCAGAGAGGGUGGCCAGGUCGCAUCCAGGAGCGUGCAGACCCCUGCUCCAGGUCCACCGUAGGAGCUUGAACACAGCCACAGACAGAUCAGAGAGGGUGGCCAGGUCGCAUCCAGGAGCGUGCAGACCCCUGCUCCAGGUCCACCCUAGGAGCUUGAACACAGCCACAGACAGAUCAGAGAGGGUGGCCAGGUCGCAUCCAGGAGCGUGCAGACCCCUGCUCCAGGUCCACCCUAGGAGCUUGAACACAGCCACAGACAGAUCAGAGAGGGUGGCCAGGUCGCAUCCAGGAGCGUGCAGACCCCUGUUCCAGGUCCACCGUAGGAGCUUGAACACAGCCACAGACAGAUCAGAGAGGGUGGCCAGGUCGCAUCCAGGAGCGUGCAGACCCCUGCUCCAGGUCCACCGUAGGAGCUUGAACACAGCCACAGACAGAUCAGAGAGGGUGGCCAGGUCGCAUCCAGGAGCGUGCAGACCCCUGCUCCAGGUCCACCCUAGGAGCUUGAACACAGCCACAGACAGAUCAGAGAGGGUGGCCAGGUCGCAUCCAGGAGCGUGCAGACCCCUGCUCCAGGUCCACCCUAGGAGCUUGAACACAGCCACAGACAGAUCAGAGAGGGUGGCCAGGUCGCAUCCAGGAGCGUGCAGACCCCUGUUCCAGGUCCACCGUAGGAGCUUGAACACAGCCACAGACAGAUCAGAGAGGGUGGCCAGGUUGCAUCCAGGAGCGUGCAGACCCCUGUUCCAGGUCCACCCUAGGAGCUUGAACACAGCCACAGACAGAUCAGAGAGGGUGGCCAGGUCGCAUCCAGGAGCGUGCAGACCCCUGCUCCAGGUCCACCGUAGGAGCUUGAACACAGCCACAGACAGAUCAGAGAGGGUGGCCAGGUCGCAUCCAGGAGCGUGCAGACCCCUGCUCCAGGUCCACCCUAGGAGCUUGAACACAGCCACAGACAGAUCAGAGAGGGUGGCCAGGUCGCAUCCAGGAGCGUGCAGACCCCUGCUCCAGGUCCACCGUAGGAGCUUGAACACAGCCACAGACAGAUCAGAGAGGGUGGCCAGGUCGCAUCCAGGAGCGUGCAGACCCCUGCUCCAGGUCCACCGAUUUAUAGGAAGUGCAGAAGAUGGCACCGCGUGAAUGCAGCUAACAAAAUCUAGACUGGGAAACUCGAUAGGACAAAUAACCUGGCUCUUCAAUCACAAACCUCCAAGGAAAAAGUUAAAAAUAAAGUAACUAGAGGAAGAUUUUUUUUAAAGACAAGGGACAUACCCCUUGCAUUGU